AUUAAUGAAGAACUAGAUUUUUUUUUUUUGGAGAAAGGUAAUUGUUGUUUAAUCUUGUAUUGCACGAUAAUCAAGCGCGCAUUUUAUUUUAAAAGGUUGUUUUUCGUUUGGUCGGAUUUGCAGGUUCUUGCCACUUUGAAAAUUUAGUAGAACGCAUAAUUAAAGAUACAGAAUGCUUGGGAAUGGAGUUGUUGGAAUCCUCUCAGAGUCUUUCAACAAGUGGGAAAGAAGGGUGCCUCUGACCCCAUCACAAUGUGCACGGCUUCUUCACGGUGGCAGGGAUAGGACUGGUGUGGCCCGCAUAAUUGUGCAGCCAUCCACCAAGCGAAUCCAUCAUGAUGCAAUGUACGAGGAUGUUGGCUGUGAAAUAUCAGAGGACUUGUCUGAGUGUGGCCUCAUUCUGGGCAUAAAAAAACCAAAGCUGGAGAUGAUUCUUCCUGAUAGAGCGUAUGCCUUCUUUUCCCAUACUCACAAGGCACAAAAAGAAAACAUGCCUUUACUUGAUAAGAUCCUGGCUGAAAGGGUGUCGUUGUAUGACUAUGAACUUAUCCCUGGGGACCAUGAGAAAAGGUUGCUGGCUUUUGGAAAAUAUGCUGGCAUAGCAGGACUCGUUGAUUUAUUGCAUGGGUUAGGACAGCGGUAUCUGAGCCUUGGGUAUUCUACACCGUUCCUCUCAUUGGGUUCAUCUUACAUGUAUUCUUCAUUGGCUGCUGCCAAAGCUGCCGUAAUUUCUGUAGCUGAAGAGAUAUCAACCCUGGGAUUGCCAUCAGCAAUCUGCCCAUUAGUUUUCAUAUUCAUUUCUUCAGGAAAGGCUUCACAAGGUGCACAAGAAAUUUUUAAGCUUCUGCCUCAUACUUUUGUCGAUCCAAGCAGACUUCCGGAACUAUUUGCACAAGCCAAGGAUGACAGCCCACCUUCAAGGACAUCAAAGAGAGUAUACCAACUAUAUGGUUGUGUUGUGACUAGUCAAGACAUGUUCAAACACAUGAAUCCUUCCAAAACAUUUGAUAAAGCUGACUAUUAUGCACAUCCAGAAUAUUACAAACCUGUCUUCCAUGAAAAGAUAGCCCCAUAUGCAUCUAUCAUCGUGAAUUGCAUGUACUGGGAGAAAAGAUUUCCUCGGUUGUUGAGUAAUCAGCAGCUUCAAGAUCUAACAAGGAAAGGGUGCCCACUUGUUGGAAUUGUUGAUUUAACUUGUGAUAUUGGAGGCUCUAUAGAGUUUAUUAACCAAACCACAUCAAUUGAUAGUCCAUUCUUCAGAUACGAUCCUUUAAAUGAUUCAUACCAUCAUGACAUGGAGGGUAAUGGUGUGAUUUGUUCUUCUGUUGAUAAUCUUCCCACACAGUUUGCAAAGGAGGCUUCUCGACAUUUUGGAGCUAUACUAUCCCAAUUUAUUGGCAGUCUUGCUUCUACAACUGACAUUACCAAGCUACCUUCACAUCUAAGGAAAGGUUGCAUAGCCCAUGGAGGAGAAAUUACUCCCUUGUUUGAAUAUAUUCCACGCAUGCGAAACUCUAAUACAGAAUUCUUCGUGCAGGGGCAGGAACAAUAACAAAGGGAAGUCUUCCAUUCUUGAGGAGAUUACCUUAUCCAUAGACCCACGACGAUAUCCGUAACUCAUGAAUAUAACACAUUGAUAUUAGAGCCUAGCUUCAUGGUGAUCAAUCUAAUUUGCAGCAGAGAUUGGAAUUUUAUAUCCAAUUAUCCGAGAAACAUUAUCAGCAGCAGUGUAACGGACAAAAAGAAAUUCAUGAAUUGCUCGAAGGAAUUGCGAGGCAGAUGUUCGUCAGUUCAAACAAUGAAGUGGGGUCCAGUAGUAGCAAUCAACAAAGCUUACUGCCUCGAACAGAAAACAGAAACGAAACUAGGCCAGGGACAGCAAUAGUGUUGCAUUGCACUAACCUUGACUUCCCAACAUAUGAUGGCAUGGAAGAUCCUCUUAGAUGGUUGAAUCGUUGUGAUCAAAUUCUUAUUGAAGAAAUUCGGCAUCGCCUCUUGUCUUUCUAGAAUUUUCUUCCUUAAUUAUCAAGUAUACACCGCCAUUGAAGAAGCUUGAUGAAGCUUCAUUACCGGCUUGGCGAAGCCUAUCAUUGACGUUCAAGAAACUUGAAGGACCGACCAUAGAAAAGCAUCCAGAGCUUCUCAUCACCGCCCUACAUCAACUAUAAAUGUAUGCUGUGUUGGUAACAACUAAGUUAAAAUCGAUAUGAGCUGAGAGAAACUCUCAAGUGUGAGCGUGUGAGAGUGUCCUAGUGUCUAAGUGAAAUUAAAGACACAUAUGAGUAAGAGUGUCUUGUGUGCAUAUGAGAGUAUUUGUUAGUGGUUUUAAGUGUGGUGAAAGUGGUGUGCACAUAUGUGAAAGAAGUGUGAGUGAGUAAUUCUCUUGAGUUGUAGCAUUUCAAUUUAGUCCUCAUAAUAAAAUUUUUAUUUAAGUC